AUGCUCUUUGCGUGCUACAACGACUUUAACUGCAACUUCUGGAACACGCUGAAGGGCAAAAGAUAUGCUCAAGGUCCGGACAUGAACAAACACAUCCGUAUUCAAGCCGGGGGUGGCACAGACUCCUGGUACCCCAACCACUCCCAAGCCGAUAUCCUUGGCUCGCAAGUUAACCUUUAA